UCUGGAGGCGGGACCACUUCCCAUGGAUCCCAACAUACCGGGGUCUUUCCUGUUUAACAACAGCCUGAACCAAUUCUCCUCGGAUUUAAAGACACCUGUGUGUCAGUUCUCAGUGCCCAACUCCUUCUGCAAGCUCAACCCAGGCCUGAACAGCCAGCUGCAGGCAGCGGACACAGCCCAAGGCAUUAGCAACAUUCUCAGCCGUUCCAUGAUGGGCGCUACAGGCACCACCACCCUGCUCUCUGGAUACCCCACCAUGGGGGGCUUUGGCACUGUGGACCCAGGGGUCUACUACAACUGUGCAGACUAUAACCCCUCCCUGGGCAGCUUCACCAAGCCUGGCACUGAGUGCCCCAUGAAGGGUCGCAGUGGCAGUUGCUGGGCAGAGAGCGGGUGCGAGUGGAGAGGAGGGAGGCAGCAGUGCACAGACAACAGUGGGCAUCUAGGAGAUAUGUCAGGCAGGAAGAAGCACACCAGACCUACAUUCAGUGGACAUCAGAUAUUUGCCCUGGAGAAAACCUUUGAGCAGACCAAGUACUUGGCCGGGCCAGAGAGAGCUAGACUGGCCUACUCCCUGGGCAUGACAGAGUCACAAGUCAAGGUGUGGUUCCAGAACCGACGUACCAAGUGGAGGAAGAAGAGUGCCUCAGAGCCUAGCUCCACCCAGGCCACACAGGGUGAGCAGGGAGGGGAGAUUUCGGAGAACGAGGUGGAGGAUGAGGAGUACAACAAGCCUCUGGACCCCGACUCAGACGACGAGAAGAUACGACUGCUGCUGCGUAAACACCGCCGGGCUUUCUCUGUACUCCACCUUGGACCACACCACGUCUGACACACUAACACAAGCGCACACACACAUCAGAUGUGCAUGUUGUAGCAAGGGGUAUCAUGAAACGAAUCAUUUUGUAGUAUAGACCCACAAUUUAAUAUUCAAGCAUGUUAAAAGAAUACACAUUUACAAUACAGUAAGUUU